AUGUCGAAAGCUUUGGGCACUUUCCGAGCCGUCUACCUUGUCGCGCUUUGCUGUGUCGGCUCAUUCUUGUUCGCGUACGACACAGGUAUCGUUGGUGGCAUCCUCACCUUUCCCAGUUUUCGGAGAGACUUUCGUUAUGAAGAAAAGGAUCGAGCAACUGUCGGUUCUAACUCGACCAGUCUUCUACAAGCUGGAGCUUUCUUCGCUUGCUUUUUCGUCUGGCCUUUCACAGCCCGUUUUGGCCGCCGUUGGUCUAUCGUUCUUGCUUCAGUCAUCUUUAACAUCGGCGCCGUCAUCCAAACGAUCAACACCCACUCGCUGGGCGCAUUCUACGCUGCCCGCGUCAUCAGCGGCAUCGGUGUUGGCAUGGCCACGGUCAUCAUCCCCAUGUACUCGGCCGAGAUGGCGCCCAAGAACAUCCGCGGCACCCUCGGCAGCAUGUUUCAGUUCUUCUUCACAAUGGGUGUCAUGACCUCGUACUGGAUCGACUAUGCCGUUGAGAAGCACAUGGACGAUGUGACAGCGCAGUGGCAAGUUCCCGUCGGCCUGCAACUCGUUCCAGGCGCCAUUCUAGGCCUGGGCAUGCUCUUUACCAGAGAAAGCACUCGCUGGCUGGCGAAGAAAGGUCGGAUGGAGGAGGCCCUGGCGUCCUUGGUCUGGGUUCGCGGAGGAGACUCUCCAGACGUCGAGGAAGAAUGGGCCGAGAUCCUGGCGGGGAUUGAAGAGGAAGAUCGUGUCAAGUCCGGUGUCACCUGGAAGGAGCUUCUGCAACCCAUCAACAGAUGGCGCGUAAUUCUCAUCAUUGCUCUGCAGAUUGACGCACCUCAAAUCUUCUCGCUCGUCGGCGCCGGCCAGAACAAGCUGCUUCUUACCGGCUUCUUCGGCGUCUGCAAGGUUGUAGCCUGUCUCUUCUUCCUGCUGUUCCUCGUUGAGCGCAUCGGUCGCCGCGGCUCUCUGAUGCUGGGCGCCUUCCUCAUGGGCACGUACAUGCUCAUAGUCGCUGUCCUGACUGUCACGUUCCCGCCGAACCCAGACCAAGGCCUGACGCCGCCGUCGAUUGCGUCCCUGACCAUGAUUUACCUCGAGGCUAUGAGCUACAACAUCUCCUGGGGCCCCGUGCCAUGGGUGUACAUGGGCGAGAUCUUCCCAACGCGCAUCCGCGAGGCGGGUAUCGCAAUUGGUACAUCAACGCAGUGGCUUUUCAACUUUGUCUUCUCGCAGGUCACACCUCACGCUGUGGAGAAUCUCGGCUGGCGCACGUUCCUGAUGUUUGCCAUAUUCAACUGGGCGCUUGUUGUCUUCGUGUGGUUCUUCAUCAAAGAGACGAAGGGGAAGUCGCUAGAGGAGAUGGAAGCCUUGUUUGCCCGACAAAUCGGCGUCAAGGAUCAUGAGGCUGCGAGAGAGGGCACGAAGAUUAAUGGACCGGAAGAUCAAUCCGAGCUAAGAUAG